CUGCUGUAAGUGCAUUAGCAAAGUUUGGUGCCCAGAAUGAGAAUCUUCUUCCGAGCAUCUUGGUACUCUUACAGAGGUGCAUGAUGGACAGUGAUGACGAAGUUCGGGACAGAGCAACGUUCUACUUGAAUGUACUACAACAGAGACAGAUAGCACUGAAUGCUGCCUAUAUUUUUAACGGGUUGACUGUCUCUGUUCCUGGGAUGGAGAAGGCCCUGCACCAAUAUACACUGGAGCCUUCUGACAAACCUUUUGAUAUGAAAACAGUUCCACUGGCUACUGCACCCAUCUUUGAACAGAAAGCGGAGAUUGCCCUAGUGACCAGCAAGCCUGAGAAAGUUGCUCCUUCACGUCAGGAUAUAUUUCAAGAACAACUGGCAGCCAUUCCAGAGUUUAAGAGCUUGGGUCCAUUGUUCAAGUCUUCGGAACCAGUGCAGCUCACAGAAGCAGAAACAGAGUAUUUUGUUCGUUGUAUUAAACACGUGUUCACAAAUCACAUCGUUUUCCAGUUUGAUUGCACAAACACGUUAAAUGAUCAGCUGUUAGAGAGAGUCACUGUGCAGAUGGAGCCGUCGGACGCUUACGAUGUGAUCUGUUGCAUCCCAGCGCCCAGCCUGGCUUACAACCAGCCGGGCAUGUGUUACACGCUUGUCCAGAUUCCCCAGGAUGAUCCCACUGCAGUUGCUUGUACUUUCAGUUGCACAAUGAAGUUCACUGUUCGAGACUGUGACCCGAACACAGGCAUGCCAGAAGAAGAUGGCUAUGAUGAUGAGUAUGUGCUGGAAGAUUUGGAGGUGACCGUGUCUGAUCAUAUUCAGAAGGUUUUAAAGCCUAACUUCGCAGCUGCAUGGGAAGAAGUGGGAGAUGACUUUGAGAAAGAGGAAACCUUUGCACUUAGUUCAAUUAAAACCCUUGACGAAGCUGUCAAUAACAUCAUCAAGUUCUUGGGCAUGCAGCCCUGUGAGAGAUCAGAUAAAGUGCCAGAGAACAAAAAUUCUCACACGCUCUACUUAGCUGGUGUAUACAGAGGCGGCUGUGAUGUGCUGGUAAGGUCCAGGCUUGCGCUGGGAGAUGGUGUGACCAUGCAGGUGACGGUUAGGAGCAAGGAAGAAACGCCUGUGGAUGUCAUUCUGGCUUCUGUAGGCUGAGUGUUACAGCACGUCGACUGUGGUGGAAACCUCCUUUGCAAGCACCGGUUGGGUGUUUACCAGAUAUCAAGCAGCCUGUCUGUCCUUCUGCAUGUAGUUUUUAUUCCUCAAUUUGGUAAAUAUUUUGUAUGAUGUUACAGUAGUGGCAAUAGUGGGUGGUUGGUACUGAGCCUUUCCCAUGUCCCUUCCCUCAUUGUCACUUACACAUUCCCAUCUAACUUAUUGCAUCUCUGGCCACUUGCAGUAGAGCAGGGGAAAAUAAAAGAUGCAGGUGGUAAGAAAAUGGAACGCGACUUUUGUCAAAACUGAUUUUUAUUAACAGAAAAUAAACACUGGUCCAAGUGGUGGAAUUCAUAUGAAUUACUGUUAAUAAAAUAGAAAUUUCUUGUUCUAAUUCUGCCUGCUUCAGUACAGAAAAAGUAGCCCAUAAUGGCUGUUUACUCAGCAGAAACCCCUUAUUCCUAAAGGGAUGCUAUUAAA